AUGAGCUCAAGUACUAGUGCCAUGGACACAGACGAUCUUCCCGUUGUCCUCCCAUCCACUACGACAUCCGGCCUCUCUCUUGCGCUCCACCCUCUCCCUAUCCUCAACAUCUCUGAACACCUCACCCGCCGCAAGCUCCAAACGAAGUCUAACGAGCCGUUCGUCCUCGGCGCGCUCCUGGGCACACAGAAUGGCCGUGAGGUCGAAAUCGUGAACACCUUCGAGCUCGCUGUCGAAAACGACGGCAUCACCGUCGAUCAGGGCUUCUUCGUCGCCCGCAGAGAACAAUACAAGCAGGUCUUCCCCUCCCUCGAGUUCAUCGGGUGGUACACCGUCGCCACGCGGCCCACGCCACAGCACAUCGCGCUGCACGAGCAGUUCACCGCCUACAGCUCGACGCCGCUCCUGCUGAUCCUGCAGCCGUCGACCGUGUUCGCGGCGUCCGCGGACCUCACAGCACAGCCGCUCCCGCUCAAGGCGUACGAGCCGACGGUCGAGAUCCGCAACCGCACCUCGCGCUCCGUCUUCGUCGAGGCGCCGUUCACCGUCGAGACCGGCGAGGCGGAGCGCAUCGCCGUCGACUGGACCGCCAAAGGCGGCGAGGGCGGCACCAGCCUGGAGUCGCACCUGCACGCGCAGCGCGCGGCGGUGAAGAUGCUCAACGACCGCAUCGUGCUGCUCGUCAAGUACGUCGCGGACGCGAUCGCGGGCGCGGCGGUCACGGACCACGCGGCGCUCCGCGCGCUCUCCGCGCUCGUCGCCUCGCUCCCCGCGAGCGCAAGCAGGGGCUUCCGCGAGGAGUUCGACACCGAGUACGAGGACGUGCAGCUGACGGCGUACCUCGCCACGCUCACAAAAUCCGCGAGCAUCCUCAACGACUUCGUCGACAAGCACAUCGUGCUGACCGCCUCGCGCGAGGAGCGCGGGCCCACGGGGCCGCGGCGCCGCGGCGUGAUGGGGCGCCAGCCCGACUGGGACCGCUUCCACUAG